GAUGCAAAAUGUUUUUGCAUCAUACUGUACAAAUGUGAUAAUCCGUCUGGUUUUACCAAUAACCUCGGUCACAACAACACGAGAGAAGCUGGUCUUCAUAAAUACAAAGUUAAAAAAAUCAUUCUGAUUAGUAGGUAUAACCAAGGUCGACGAGGAGAUUGAAGUUAGUGCUAGUUAAAAUGGUUCAGCAAUAUAUUAUUGCGGGUUUUGCGUUGUUUUUUGUGUUUGUUUGUUGUGUGCAUGCAGAUUACAGAAUUGACUGUAUAUCCCCAAAUAAAGAAAACACAAAAUGUGAGUCAAUAUAUAAGUGCAAAACAUUUACAGAUGCUCUUAAAGGCACUGUAACGCAAUCUCAAAAAGAUUUCAUGAAAGAAUCCUUAUGUGGAUAUUAUGAUAAUAUACCUAUAGUGUGUUGCGGAACUAAGUCUGACUAUACUUCAAAACGAACUAGAAGGAGCACAGAGUCCAAAACAAAUUCCGUAAUUGCGGAAACUCAAUGUGGAGUACUGGUGAAUGAUCAUCUUACAAGUGGAAAACCCCAAGAUUAUCCAUGGGCUGUAAAACUUAUCUAUAACCAAACUUUACACCGUUGUGAGGGGACAUUAAUUCAUAAAAGAUACAUCUUAACAUCCGCUCAGUGUGUCAACAAAUUUAUUGCCAACUACCACGGAAAGUUAGCUAAAGCUACACUAGGUCUUUCAAGUUGUUCGGAGGGAAAAUCUUGUGUAAAAUCUGCCCUCGACGUUGGCAUUGAGAGCGUUACCAUACAUAAGGACUACGGUACAUUGCGAGGUGCACCGCACGAUAAUAUUGCAUUAAUUCGACUAGAUCAGGAUAUCUCCUUUAAUGAAAACAUUCUCCCAGUCUGUUUACCCCAACAAGAAGAAGAGCCUGAAGUUGGUGAUAAGGUAAUUGCAGUUGGAUGGUAUAAAAGGAGUUCAACAAAACUGAAUGCGGAACUUACAAUAGUUGACAAUAAAGUAUGUCAGGAACAUUACAAAAAAGCAAAUUAUGAUCAAACAGUAGUCACUGAGAGAAAUAUAUGCGCAGCGGGAUACGCGUCCAAAAUUUGUGCUGGCGUAAGUGGAAGUUCGCUAGUUAGACUAACUGCCAAAAACACCUACGUUUUGGAAGGAAUAAGAUCUUUUGGGCCAGUAAAGUGUGGAGAUACUGUUCCUACAGUAUAUACCAAAGUACAGCAAUAUCUCCAGUGGAUACAUGAUAAUAUUAAGAACUAAUUACGUUGCUCUAUAUGAAACGAUUUUAAAUUAUAUUUUAUUUUUAACAUUAAA